CAGCUGUCCACUCUCCUCUAGCCCUGUCACUUAAGCUGUGACGCCGCGGGGAGAGGCGAGGUCUGCACACCCGCUGGGGAGACGGGAGCACCAAGGGUAUUUGGGGGCAUGAGCCCCCUGGGCUGCAGGACAGAGCCUUCCUUUUCCAUCCCCAUCCAUCGCCACCACCAGGCCUCCUACCCUGGCAACCUCUUUCCUCCACUGACCUAGGGAAUGCCAAACGCUGGGCCCCUUUGGAGCGUUCUCCUUUGUUUAGUCCCUCAUUCUGGAAAAGGGGAAUGGAGCCCCUCUUUAUGUAAAGACUCUCAGCUUAAGAGCCCUGCAAUUUUCUCUUCCUCCCAAAACUCUAUUUGUUCCACCCUACAAGGAUGACUGAAAAAGAGGUGCUGGAUUCCCCCAAAUCCUUCCCAGCAGAGACACCAAAGAGUGGGCUACAGAAGCUGAAGCAAUUAUUCAGAAAGGAGACUGUAGAAAGGAAGGAGAUGGAGCUCCCCCUUGAGCCCCAGGCCAAUGGGGAGGCAGUGGGGGCUCAAGGGGGACCCAUCUACUACAUCUAUGAGGAGGAAGAGGAGGAAGAGGAGGAGGAGGAGGAGCCCCCCCCUGAGCCCCCUAAACCUGUCAAUGACAAGCCCCACAAAUUCAAAGAUCAUUUCUUCAAGAAGCCCAAAUUCUGUGAUGUCUGUGCCAGAAUGAUUGUUCUCAACAACAAAUUUGGGCUACGAUGUAAGAACUGCAAAACCAACAUCCAUGAACACUGCCAGUCCUUUGUGGAGAUGCAGAGAUGCUUCGGCAAGAUUCCCCCCGGCUUCCACCGCGCUUACAGUUCUCCACUCUACAGUGACCAGCAGUAUGCUUGUGUCAAGGACCCGCUCUCCAACAGAAAUGACCCUGUUUUUGAGACACUUCGAACUGGAGUGAUUAUGGCCAACAAAGAACGGAAGAAGGGACAAGCUGACAAGAAGAAUCCCCUAGCAGCCAUGAUGGAGGAGGAGCCAGAAGCCCCCAAAACGGAGGAAGGAAAACCCCAGGCUGGAAAUCCCGGGGGAGACAAGAAGGCUGACAGAAAGGCAGCUGAAGAUAAAAACAAGCAGCCAGGCUUCCAGCAGUCUCACUAUUUUGUGGCCCUCUAUCGCUUCAAGGCUUUGGAAAAGGAUGAUCUGGACUUCCCACCUGGAGAGAAGAUCACAGUCAUCGAUGACUCCAAUGAGGAGUGGUGGCGGGGCAAGAUUGGGGAAAAGGUUGGAUUUUUCCCCCAAAACUUCAUCAUCCGAGUCAAGGCUGGUGAGCGGGUGCACCGAGUGACCAGAUCCUUUGUGGGAAACCGAGAAAUUGGGCAGAUAACGCUCAAGAAGGACCAGAUUGUGGUUCAGAAAGGGGACGAAGUUGGCGGCUACGUGAAAGUCUACACCGGGCGGAAGGUGGGGCUCUUUCCCACUGACUUCCUGGAGGAAAUCUAGGGGGCGGGGCCUCAGGCAGUCCACCGGCGUCUCCCGGGCCGCUGCCUCUGUUCCCGAGGAAAGCCGAACGGCCCCCGAAGUCCGAGAGAAAGCUCCCAGGCUGCAUUGGGGGCACCUCCCUUCCAGCGGGGGGCUCUUCUAGAGGGGCUGGUUCCCUUUCAACUCCCUCCCCAGGAGGCACUCAUUCCCCCGGCUUGCCCUGGCCAUGAUGGGGGGGGGGCAGGAGGGGCCUCCUGUGGGGCUGGGCUCCCAAGUGGAGCCGCACGUAAAGCAGGGGAGAUGAGGGGAGCCCCUCUUUUUCAGCCUUGGUGGGGGGCUGGGAAGGAGGAAGGAAGCACUUUUGAAAAGGAAUGUAAAACCAAGAAUCGAUUAAAAACCGUUUUCGCUAGUUGA